AUGGAAGAGGCAGACUAUGUUAUCGUCGGUGGCGGUACGGCAGCCCUGGUUGUUGCUUGUCGACUAUCGGAGAACCCAGAGACGCGCAUCGUCGUGCUGGAGCGCGGUGAAGAUGCAUCGAAUGACGCUCGCGUUCAGAAUCCACUCGGGUACGAGUCUCUGACCGGCAGCGAGAUGGAUUGGAACCUCAAGGUGGUUCCGCAGGCCGGAUUGAACGAUCGAGAAUUCAACCAGCCGGCGGGGAAGGCCCUGGGCGGGUCUUCGCUCAUCAAUGGUUGCAUCUUCCUGCCCCCGGCUGCAGCCGUUCUCAAUGCCUGGGAUUCGCUGGGUAACCCGGGCUGGAACUGGGAAACGCUGGCGCCCUAUUUUCAACGGGCUUAUACUUUGCAUCCUAGGACCGGGCGUCCCCCGCCUGAGAGAGCCGGCCCCAUCCAGGUGAGCUACCCAGCGUCUACGGAGAGGGCUGACACCACCCUGCUCGACGCAUGGAAGAAAACAUUCGAGGAACACGGUUAUGGCUACGCCGACGAAUUGGUGUCGGAGGGGCCAACCGUCGGUACGCGGCCGCAUACUGCGACCAUCGACCCAGUGUCCGGACAUCGCAGCAGCGCAGCGAGCGGAUACGGCGCCAUUCUUGCGUCUCGUGCGAACGUCCGCAUCGUCACCGGUGUCACCGUCACUCGUAUCCUUUUCGAUUCGUCUGCACCGAAUGGCAGUCCCACUGCCACGGGAGUAGAGGUCCAGGCCGAAGGCCGGGGGACCGUCCUCUUCAAACCCACCAAAGAGGUAAUUAUGGCUGCGGGCGUAUUCAACAACCCCAAGAUCCUCGAAUUGUCCGGGAUUGGGGACCAAGCUCGACUCCACAAGCUCGGCAUUUCACCACUCGUCCACCUGCCCGGGGUAGGAGAGAACCUUAUGAAUCACGCCAUGAGUGUCCUGACGGCCCCUGUGAAGGCGGAUGCGGACAUCCAGGAUAUCACCCCGGGCAUGAAAGCCAACGCCCUCAUCCGCCUUCCGCCCGCGGAAAUGCAAGAGAUUCUCGAUCGGGCCCGUGAGAACACAGACCACCCGGCCAUUGCAGAGAUCCUUGACGGGCCCAACGAGGCGUCUGCCUGCAUUGAUCCAAAGUACCUGACCAACCAGUCUGACCUCGAUUCGAUGGUUUGGCACGUUCAGUACUUGCAGAGAAUUCUCCACUCUCCCCGUCUCCAGCCCUUCGUCGAUGCGCCGCCGCCCCAGGACCGAGAGACGCUUGCUCAGCUGGUGCGCGAGGCCAUGGUCAUCCCAACGUCCCAUGCGUGCGGUACUACCGCGAUGCUUCCCCGCGAGAAAGGUGGCGUGGUCGCGCCGGAUCUGAAGGUCUACGGCGUCAGCAAUGUUCGGGUGGUCGAUGCAAGCGUCUUCCCCGUCAUUCCGCAGGCGAAUCCCAUUAGCACCGUGUAUACGGUGGCUGAACGGGCCGCGGAUUUGAUCCGAGCAUUCUGA